CAUAUACACACAGCCAAUUGCGAGCGAAGUAGGCGGUAUGCUUUUAUUUUGACAGGGGGACGUUUACCCGGAAACUAUCGACUGUAGCGACACGAAUCGUCAGUAGUCAAAGGUCUUUAAGAGUCUUUUAUCAAACUAUUCCUCUGCACCUCUUCGUGUUGAGCUUUUCAUGCAUUGCAGGGUGAUGCUGAGGAGUGUAUUCAGGUGCCUUAGGACCAAUCUUGUAGCUGGCCAAAGAAAUAUGUCUCAAAGCAGUCUUUCUGGCAAAGUAGCCAUAGUCACUGCCUCCACAGAUGGAAUCGGGCUGGCUGCGGCUCAGGCUCUGGGAAAAAGAGGUGCCCAUGUGGUUGUGAGCAGCCGGCGGCAGGCCAAUGUAGACAAAGCUGUGGCACUGCUGCAGAGCCAGAGCAUCCAAGUGACUGGAACAACCUGUAAUGUCGGCAAAAGGGAAGACCGAGAAAAACUGGUUCAGAUGACUCUGGAUCGGUGUGGGGCCAUUGACAUCCUGGUGUCCAAUGCAGCAGUCAACCCUUUCUUUGGAAACAUCAUGGACUCCACAGAGGAGGUCUGGGAUAAGAUCCUGGAUGUGAACGUAAAAUCAGCCUUCCUCAUGACCAAGCUGGUGGCACCUCAUAUAGAGAAGAGAGGAGGUGGAAAUGUCAUAUUUGUGUCAUCUGUGGCUGGAUACCAACCAAUGCAGGCUUUGGGUCCUUACAGCGUGAGUAAGACGGCCUUGCUGGGUCUAACCCGGGCUCUGGCCCCUGAGCUGGCUCAGAGCAACAUAAGAGUGAACUGCGUGGCCCCUGGAAUAAUCAAGACCCGCUUCAGCUCUGCGCUGUGGCAGAAUGAAGGCAUCGUGGAUGAGUUCAAAAAGCAGCUAUGCAUUAAAAGAGUUGGAGAACCGGAGGAAAUCGGAAGUGUGAUUGCGUUCCUGUGCUCCGAGGAGGCGUCCUACAUCACCGGAGAGACCAUCACAGUGACCGGAGGGAUAAACUGUCGACUUUGAACGCAUCAUUUUUUAUUUGAUUUUGAUUUCUUCUAUUUUUCUGAAGUGCUGGCAGAAAACAGCUACAACUAAGCUUAGCACAGGAGCUACAACACACUAAUAUAAACCAAUAUAAUGAAGCACAGAGAGCUCUGGGUUACUGUGAGCGUCUUGAGUUUCCAGGUUGAUUUUUGUUGUGUAAAGGUUUCUAAUGAAAAAUCUGAUGUUCUUGUAAAAUAAUAAUAAUAAUUUUUAAAAUGAGGAAAUGUGUAAUUUAAACUGCAGCAGAGAUAAAAGCUAUUUCGGUACAUAAACAUAUUCAUGAUUUACAGGCCAGGGAUGGUUUAAUAAACUGAUGUAAUAUCAGUCAUUACAUGAGCUGAACGUCAGGAGCAGUUUGAGAGCUUCGCCUUCGUCGAUGAGCCAAAUGGAGCGUGCACCAGUGUCAUCAUCAACCAGUUUUUAUUUUGUAUUUCAUUUAAUAUAUUUCAUACAAAACAUCACAAACUUUAUUAACAGAGAUAUUAUUACAUAUUGCAAUUUAAAAAUAUUUCACAUUUGUAACAGACAACACGUAUGUUUUUAAAAAACACAAUUUAAAUGAUUAUAAAAGCUGUAUGACACUGCCUGUAACCAGGGCUACGUUUUUCCACGAUGUCAAAGCACCUGUUCAAGUUUUAAUCGCCCUGAGUCAGGUUUAUUUCAAGCAAAUGGAAGAUAAAAGUGUCCAUCAGUCUCAAUAGCAUUUAAAAACCUGUUA